CUGCCCACCGGCCUGGGCUGUGCCCCCCCUGCAGGAAAAGCAUUUGACACUGUCCAGGAAUGUGGGAAAAGGUUUAGGAUCCUCUUGGCCAAGCUCCAUCAUCAGAAAAUCCAUCGGGGUGAGAGACCCCAGAGAUGUCCUGACUGCAGGAGACGGUUUAGAGACAGCUCGGAUCUGGUCCAACGGUGACACCAUCACACAGACACCAUGUCCUAUACCUGCCCUGACUGCGGGAAAGGUUUUAGCAGGAGAAGUCAUUUUAUCCAGCAUCAACGAAUCCAUACUGGUGAGAAACCCUUUAAAUGUUCUGAGUGUGGGAAGGGGUUUUACCAUAGUUCCCAUUUAUCAAAGCAUCGCCGCAUCCACACAGGAGAGAAGCCCUUUAAGUGUCUGGAGUGUGGGAAGGAGUUUACCCAGAGUUCCCAUUUAUCAGAACAUCACCGCAUCCACACAGGAGAGAAACCCUAUAAAUGUUUGGAGUGUGGGAAAGAGUUUACCCAUAGUUCCAGUUUAUCAGAGCAUCAUCGCAUCCAUAGAGGAGAGAAACCCUAUAAGUGUCUGGAGUAUGGGAAGGAGUUUUCCCAGAGUUCCAAUUUAUCACAGCAUCACCGCAUCCAUACAGGAGAGAAACCCUAUAAAUGUUUGGAGUGUGGGAAGGAGUUUACCCACAGUUCUGCAUUGUCACAGCAUCACCGCAUCCAUACAGGAGAGAAGUUGUAUCCCUGCACUCACUGUGGGAAAGCCUUCAACAACAGCACCUCCUGGAUUCGUCACCAACAUGUCCACACUGGGGAAAAGCCCUACACGUGUCCCCAGUGUGGGAAGGGCUUCAGGGGAAGCUCCCACUUGUUGAGACAUCAGCGACUCCAUAGGGGUGAAAGACCCUAAAGCUGCUCCCAGUGUGAGAAGAGUUUUUACCAGAGCUGCGAUCUCAUCUCUCACCACCAGACCCACCUCAGCCAUCACCAGGAAUGAAGGGGCAAGGUCAAGCUUGAGAGUUUCCAUGCUUGGACAUCUUUUUUUUCCCAGAUAAGGCAAAAGGAGGAAGUGAUUAUCACUAUGAGACGCUCCUCAAGGGAUGGGGCAGGAUGGGACCAUGUCUGUUUCUGGUUUUUGGUAGGGAACAGCCAUGUGGAACAUUUUAGUGGGACUUUGCAGUGGGACUUGGAAAGAAAACGUGAGCUGUGUGAUUUUGAGGUGAAAAGAAUUCUUUUCCACUAGGAUCUUU